GAAAUGAACUGGCGCCAAGGUGGCCGUCUUCUCCAUACACAUCAUCCCCCUGGAGAUGGUGUAGUGACAAAUGUGGCCAUCGAUAAUGAAUACAUCCUCGUUUCGCUUACGAAUGGUUUCGUUCACGUUUUUUCUUCCAAAACGGGUGUAUUCAUUCGAGUCUUGCAUGGUCAUAGAGACGGUGUUUGGGCGUUGCAUUUGGUUUCCAAAGGGGGGAAACUCACUCCGCCACCCUCGCAGGCUGGCGAUGAGGGACGAGCGACACCAUCAGCUUGUUCCAGAUCAGCUUCCCCAAACCGCUUACGACCACCAGUGAGCGAGUUGCAUUGCGGAUCUGGGCCUGACUCCCCUAGUGAUCGGGGGCGGAGUGCAAGCCCACAGGUGGAUGGAUGUUGUCAUCAUUUGUCUUCCAGCACGGGGAAGACAGGAACAUCGUUUCGAGAAAGUCUUGGCUUGGACACUACUCGGCCCAGUGAUGUGUGCAAUGCGAGUUACGGGUGGGGAAAUUCUCAUGCUAUUGCUGUCACGGGCUCGUGCGAUCGCACCGUGAGAGUAUGGAACGUUCAGACGGGUUAUUGCUUGCAUGUUUUGAAAGGUCAUGCAUCCACUAUCAGAUGCGUCAAAGCUCUCGACGGGCGUCCGAUGGCGGUUUCUGCCUCACGCAAUGGGCAGUUGCGUGUAUGGGACGUUGAGAAGGGAUACUGUCUCAGAAUCUUACAGGGCCAUGAAGGCAGCGUGCGCGCUCUAGAUGUCGUUGGGAACGUCGCUGUUAGUGGCAGCUACGAUUAUACUGCCAGACUAUGGAACGUGGAUACAGGCGAUUGUAUUCAUGUGUUAAGGGGCCAUUAUCGUCAAAUCUACUCGGUAGCGUUUGAUGGCAAGUACAUAGCCACAGGAAGUCUUGACUCGACCGUUCGUCUGUGGGACUUUGACACGGGCAGAUGCCUCGCGUUGCUGCAAGGGCACACCUCUCUCGUCGGCAAUCUUCAAAUCAUCGAUGGCGACCUCGUCACAGCUGGCUCUGACGGUCGCGUCAUUAUCUUCAACAUUAAAGAUUUUCAGACCAUCCAGCGCGUAUGCGCCCACGAUAAUUCCGUCACUACGAUGCAGGUUGACAAGUCGUACCUCAUCACAGGCGGGAACGAUGGUUGUGUGAAGCUUUUCGAACGUGAGACGGGGACCCUUGUGAGGGAGUUGACGGAAAAGUGUGAUGCGGUGUGGAAGGUGGUAAUGAGGAAGGACAAGUGCGUCAUCAUGUGCAAGCGAGAGGGCAAGACGGUGGUUGAAGUGUGGAGUUUUGCACCUACCCCGGAGCAAUUGUGCACCACUUAAUAAUAUCAAUUUGAAUCAAUGCCUACUAAAAAGGGGUUAGACAGUCU